CCACUAAACUUUCCGGCCUGCAUGCGGAAGUGCUUCCUUCUGCAAUAGCAGCAAAAGACGAAGAAGAAGCAGCUAUCGCUCGUCUCGCUUCUCCCCGAAAACUCACUCCGACCAUCGGCCCAGGACCUUCCAGGGCAGCGGGAACCACCGCCGACAGCUGCAGCCUCUUUGACAGCCCCCAACAGCCUCGGACGAUGGCGAGGCCGAGCCACAGCGACCACGUCCUCCAGCAACUCAACAAUCAGCGGGAGUGGGGUUUCCUGUGUGACUGCCUCAUUGCCAUCGGUGACAUUUACUUCCGGGCCCACAAGGCGGUGCUGGCUGCCUGCAGCUCCUACUUCAGGAUGAUGUUCAUCCGUGACCAGCAGGGGACCGGCCGUCUGGACCUCAGCAACAUGCAGAUUAGCGCCGAAUGCUUCGACCUGAUUCUACAGCUCAUGUACCUCGGACGCAUCGUGGUGGGAAGCUACGAGUUUGAGCAGCUCAAGGCGUCCAUGGCGUACCUUCAGAUGUACUACAUCCCCGACUCACUGGAGGACCUGAGUGACAUCAGGAGCUCCAACCUGGCUCCGACCUCCUCCGCCUCCUCUUCCAGUUCCUCCUCUGUCUCCGGGGGCGGGAAGAUGAUGUUCGGCGUACGUAUGUAUGAGCAGCAGAGAGCUGCGCCUGCAGCCGAGAUGGAGCGCUCAAAGAAACCCGUCCCAGUAACCGCUAACAGGCCGGCGGUGGUUGAAGAGGUGAUCUCUGCUCCUCUGAUCAUCGGCCCGCCCACUGUCGAUGGAACGCUGGAGCAACCGUGCGACCUAAGGAAAAGGCCGAGUGGAAGAAGUUCGACCCUCAAAGAGCGUCCACGGUUCGGUCGCACCUACACCUGCGACGACUGCGGCUUUGUCUUCAGUUGUGAGAAGCUGCUGAUCGAGCAUAUCCUCACCUGUACCAACCGAAAAGCUUACCACCCCCCCAGAGGGAACACCGAGGGCGACAACGAUUCCAGCAAAGCCGAAAGCUCCACCUCGGACAGCACUGAGGAACAGCAGGUCCUCUGUAAGGGUGAGGACGACUGGCCGGAGGCCACGCCCAGCUCUGUCCUGAACAUCAGGUCUGUGGUGUCUGGGACGGACGAUGAACCCGGGUCCACCCAGAACAUCUCUGUCAAAAUUGAACCGGAGGAAGGAACCAUUUUUUCAAAGAUUGAAAUGGUCCGAGUCGGUGAGCGCUCCCCUCGCGACUGUCGUCUGCACUUAGACGCCAUGACACACAAAGAUUUUCUGAGAGAGAAAACCUGCUCAGAUCCUGAAUCGGAACCUGGCGUUUCUGGUCUGGAGACCGUGCACAUGUCCUGCGGCGAUGAUCCAGGAAUUCCUACGAAGCUCCGUAAAGUCAAAGACGAGAGGCGAGACACAGAGUCCUCCCCCUGCGAGCUGUGUGGUGCUGUGCUGAUGGAGGAGGAGAAGUCCACCCACUACCUGUCCGACCACCUGGACCACAUCUGUGCCUGUGGACGUUGCGGUCAAGUCCUGAUCAAAGGCCGUCAGCUGCAAGAGCACGCGGAGCGCUGCGGCGAAGCUCAGGGAGUUGAGUCGGACUCACAUGGGGAGGAUGAGGCCUCCUUGCUGGAGGAUCAUCAGGGUAUGGAGGAGGGUUUGUUGGAGGCCACUGACCUGGCCUGUCCUCACUGUGGCCUCCUCUUCCAGAAUGAAAGCCUGGCUCUAGAACACACUCUGACCUGCCAUGAGCAGGAACUGUUCCGCCCAGUGUUGCUGGAGGAGGGCGUUGAGCACGAUCACCGCCGUAAACAUUUCUGCAGCAUCUGCGGGAAAGGCUUCUACCAACGCUGCCACCUGCGAGAGCACUACACCGUCCACACCAAGGAGAAGCAGUUCACCUGCCAGACCUGCGGCAAGCAGUUCCUCCGCGAGCGCCAGCUGCGGCUGCACACAGACAUGCACAAAGGCAUGGCGCGCUACGUCUGUCCGGUGUGUGACCAGGGAACCUUUCUCAAACACGAUCACGUCCGACACAUGAUCUCCCACCUGUCGGCCGGUGAGACCAUCUGCCAGGUGUGCUUCCAGAUCUUUCCUGGCGGGGAGCAGCUGGAGAAGCACAUGGAUGUUCAUCUGUACAUCUGCGGCGUGUGCGGAGAAAAGUUCCGACUGCGGAAAGACAUGAGAAGCCACUACAACUCCAAACACACAAAGAGAAUUUAGAGGUGCCGGCAAGAACCGGAUCUGUUUUCUACCAAAGCCACAAAUGUGAGAAGAAUUCUCUGCAUUCAACCCAUGGUUCCUGCACUUUUUUAGGCUCAUCAUUUGUAGCAGUCGAUAAGUCGUUCACAGCUUCACGUCAGGAAGGGUCAGGCCGGGUCGGCGUUCCAACCCGAGGUCACUGAACUGGUCCUGUUAGAACUGCAGCUGAAUUGUAUUUAUUUUUUUAAUUCAUUGUAAACUGAUGUUCAGGAACUAUUUGAAUGCUUCGGUUCUUCUAUUUAUAUCAGGUCACAUGACUUCCCAGCUGUGGAGUCUGACACAGAAGGUCGUGUCCAGUCUGGACUGAGUCGAGAUCCGGUCAAACUAAAACCAAAGUCUGGUCAGAGGUAGGAACUGUGGUCCUGUUGGGCCUCAGCUCUGGACUGGUACCACUGAUGAUUCUGGAUCAGCACCAUGGCCUCUCUCAAUGUGUUGUUGUAGUUGGUAGGUGUGGUCAAACUAGAUCCUGCUCACUGAUUGGUCCAUCGUAGCUUUGUUCCCUUUCUGCAGCAGUAUGAAAACACUACUGAUGAUCUGAGCUCACUUCCUGUCCCUCGUCUUCUUCAUUUCAACCAGAAUCGUCAGACCUGUCACAUGUUUGUGUGGUUCUGCUCCAAGUUUUGCAACAAAAUAUGACAUUUUUCGAGAAGCCUUGAUAAGUUUGUCAUAUCAACUUUAGCACCACUAGGGGCCACCGACAGCUGGCUGGGGCUAAAGUUAGCGGUGCGUAGAACUCAUCAUGUCCAACUGGGUCGCUCCAAAACCUUAUAUUUAAACCACAACCCAAACAUCAGUCACAAAAACUCUAUUUUGACAUUGUGUAAAAGUCAAGGUUUUCUAAAUAAAGAGUUUUAAAUCUGGGAAGGUUGAAUAAUUUGAAGUGGUUAUUUUGUAGGGCGUCAGUGCGUGGCUACAACUAAAAUCAUUGUUUGGUGUAGCUUCACCGACUUUGUUCACUAACCAGGUCGGACUGUAACCAUGCCACUUAUCCAAGAUGAAGCUAGUGACUACCACAGUUUGCGGUGCGUUGCCUCUGCCUUGACUGGUACCUGUGGAGAGUCAAACACCACUGGUGGAUUCUGCUGUUCACAAAUAAACAAAGCCUUUUUAUAAAAGCUUCAUUUAAAUCAA